GUCAAAGAUGCAACUCAAAAGAAAUAUAGGUUAUUUUGAUGGGGUAAGUUUUAUUAUAGGAUCUAUAGUAGGGGCAGGGAUCUUUGUGUCUCCCACAGGAGUGUUAAAACACUCCUUGCUUAAUGUCGGUGUUGCGCUUACGAUCUGGACGGCCUCUGGGCUAGUUUCUCUGAUGGGUUCCCUCUGCUAUGCCGAGCUUGGAACCGCUCUGCCGUUUUCUGGAGGCGAAUACAGCCAUAUUAAAAGAGGCCUUGGAUCCCUGCCAGCCUUCAUGUUCAUCUGGACGUCCAUGUUUACUAAGCCGGCAUCGAAUGCCGCUCGAGCUUUGCUGUUUGCUGAAUACGCCACCCAGCCUUUCUAUGGCGUGUGCCCCGCGCCUCAAGUGCUGAAGAAAUGCUUGGCCUUGGCAGCUCUCUGGUCCCUGGGGAUUUUGAACGGGUGCAGCGUCAGAAUGGCUGCGUGGGUGCAGACGGUUUUCACUGUGCUCAAGAUGAUGGCACUGUCUGUCAUUGCCAUCGGCGGCCUAGUUCUCCUCCUGGGAGGCAGAAAGGAGCAUCUGGCAAGAUUCGAGGACGCGUUCAGUUCGGAGAUUCCCAAUGCGUCACAGAUUGCCGAAGCCUUCUUCCAAGGGUUAUAUGCCUAUGGUGGCUGGUGGUCCCUCAAUUACAUGGCAGAGGAGAUGAAAAACCCUAGUAGAAAUAUCCCUUUAACUGUGAUGACUGCGGUUCCUGCAGUAAUUGUAUUUUAUUUACUGGUAAAUGUCUCAUAUCUGACUGUCCUCACACCUAAGGAAAUUGUCUCCUCAGUUGCUGUGGCAGUCACUUGGGCUGAUCGAGUGAUCCCCUCUGUCGCCUGGAUCAUUCCUCUGUCUGUUGCUGUCUCAAUAUUUGGUGCCCUCAACAGCAGCAUGUUCGCAUUAGGUCGAUUAAGCUAUGCUGGCAGUCAGUCAGGACACUUACCUAUUUUAAUAUCCAUGCUUAAUGUCCACUCCUGUACUCCAGCACCAGCCAUGAUUUUUUCAACCGCCAUUGCAUCCAUUUUUAUUAUCCCCUCUGACCUUAUUAUGUUAACAAAUUACUUUGGAUUUUCUGCCUGGCUUAUGAUUGGACUGACUUGUGCAAGCCUGAUUGUACUUCGAUACCGGGAACCUAAUCUACAUCGGCCAUACAAAGUGUUUCUACCAGUUCCAUUUAUGAUGGUGGCAAUGUCUUUCUUCUUAGUUUUAGCUCCUAUGGUCUGGUCUCCAAAGCUGCAUUAUGUUUAUGCUUUCCUGUUUAUGCUAGGCAGUCUCAUUGUUUAUUUACCUUUUAUAUAUUUUAAAUUGCAUUUUGCAUUUGUUGAUAAAAUUACUUGCUACUUACAGUUACUGUUGGAAGUUUCUCCUGCUGAUGGAUCUGCUGACAGCAAAUAUGAAUAAUGGCAAAUGUUUAAUCCCUGUACAACUAACAGCCAACAGAGGGUUUUCUUUAACUAAGGUUGUUGAAGACACAAAUUACAUGUUAGGUGUCAGUUGUGCAUGUGCCUGUGUGUGUGUGUGUGUAUUUCUAUGCAUAUAUAUUUAUGCAAACAUCUAGCUUCCUGAAUUUAUAUAUAUAUGUGUGUGUGCAUAUAUAUCUGUAUAUAUACACAUACUUUAAGCUUGUACUUAAGUGCAUAUACAUUAAGCUCUGAAGUACUUAACUGCAUAUAUAUGUGUACAUAUAUACACAUACUUAAGUUUAUAAAGUGCAAACAAUCCUCUUCUUCAAACUGGUAAAGUCUGUAAAAUGCUCCCUCUUGCUCCUGAAACCAGGAUUAAAGUUGUAUAUCUAUUGCAUACAUAUUUACAUUGUUUAUCUAACAGAACUAAGACUAAAUUACAGUACAAAUAUUUGUCAAUAUUAUUAUAUAAUUAUAUUAUUAUUAUAUAAAUAAUAAGUAAAUGCA